AUGUCUCUAGUGCUGUCUCCCGAUGACGGGGGCCCCCUCAAUAUACGAAAGAAUACUCCCGAGAACCGCGUCUCCGACACUGUAUUUUCAAUCCCGAUGACAUUAUCUUUGAGUCUCUACUGGGAUAUGGAAUCGACGGCUGCGUCUGGAAAGUUCGAUUUGGCACAGAAGGCCCCAUACGCACUAAAGAUGAAAAGCGAGUCCAGACGCGACCAUGGCAUUUCAAAGAAAGGCCAAUCUAAGCUCAUGCGCCGCUUAUCCUCAGUACCACGCAGGAUAGAAUGUUACGGCUGGCUGAAAUUGCACAGCAAAACGUGGAGCAAUCUACCCCCUAGUUUACAAGCCCCAUGGGUUAAAUUUGGCAAGAUAAGGAGGAGGAGGUAUAUGGAAGAUGACUUGGAAUACACCACACUCGUUUAUGAGUUUAUCGAUGCGGGUGAAAACGAGCCAUCGGCUGUAGAGAAAGUGGCCGAUUUCAUAUAUCAUGUUGGUUUCUCAUUUAGUUCUUCUUCACUGGCAAAAAACUGGAUGAAUAGUUUCUUAGUCGAUUAUGCAGAUAUUGUUUAUCCAGGCGGCUAUGGGUGGCACGACUUUUCGUUUGGGAUGAGAGACACAAAAGAUAUAUUGUGGGAAUGUUAA